AUGAGCACAAAAUCCAUCCCAACGCUAACCCUCGAUGGCGCGCGCGUCGCCCUCGCCGCCGCCGAGCAGCGCUCCAAGGAAAUCAACGUACCAAUGAACAUCGCCAUCAUGGACAACGCAUGCCAUCUCCUAGCAUUCGCCCGCAUGGAAGGCGCAAAACUCACAUCCAUCAACAUCGCCAUCGACAAGGCUUUCACAGCUGCAGGUCAUCGCGCGCCUACGUCUGUUUACAAAGACAAUGUGUAUCCUGGUGGGCCGGCGUAUGGCAUCAAUCACAGCAAUGGAGGCAGGUUUAUGACGAUUGCGGGUGGUGUGCCGAUUGUGAAGGAUGGGGUUGUUGUUGGGGCGGUGGGGUGUAGUACGGGGUUGCCGAGUCAGGAUGAGGAUGUUGCGAAGAGGGGGGUUGAGGCUGUGCAGAAGAGUUUUGGGGUUAAGGCGAAGCUAUGA